UGUUUUUGUUCCAGUCGCACCAAAAGUCUUCUUCCAUUUCUUUCUUCCCGCCGAUUGAAACCCUAAUUCAGCCAACAACCCCAUUUUGCAUCCCUUGUUCUCCCGAGUUAUCCUCUUCCAUGGCGUCUUCUUCCUCCGGCCUUGGCGAUUCGUCGUUGAAGGACCGUUCCUCAGCGAGCGGCGUAGUUUCUCCCGAGGAACCUCUCCGGAACUGGCUGGAACUGCCACGGGAGGUGACGGCAUCGAUCUUCUCUCGGCUGGUCGCGACGGAGAUUCUGAAGACCAUUCAGUUUGUGUGCAGGUCGUGGUUCGACAUCUGCAAGGAUCCUCUGGUAUGGCGCAAAAUCAACAUGUAUAACCUCGGCGAAGCAGGUCUGAAUAUGGUGUUGGACAGGAUGUGCCGCCACGCCGUCAAUCGUAGCCGUGGAAAUCUGGUUGACAUCAACAUCGAAUACUUUGGAAAUGAUGAUCUCCUCAAGUACAUCACCGAUAGCUGUGAUCAAAUCAAACGCCUCCGGCUUGCUUGUUGCUAUUAUGUUUCAGAUGAGGGGUUGAUUGAAGCCAUUGCAAAGCUUCCAUUGUUGGAGGAGCUUGAUCUUACACUCUGCUCUUUUUCCCCGGAACCUAUAGAAGCUGCUGGCCGCUAUUGCCCUCGUCUAAGAUCACUGAAGUUGAAUUGCCAAGCUUAUAGACCUUGGCACAGGGACCCUGAUGAGGAGUUGGAGAUUAAUGAAGAGCCAAUUUCUAUUGCUAAACACAUGCCCGAGUUACGCCAUCUGCAGCUUCUUGGAAAUCCCAUGACUAACAUUGGGUUGGAAGCUAUUCUUGAUGGAUGUCGUCAUCUCGAGUCACUUGACUUGCGCCAGUGUCUCAGUAUUGAUUUGAAAGGAAAACUGGGGAAAAGGUGUAUGGAACAGAUUAAAUAUAUGCGGCUUCCUCAUGAAUCAACUAAGGGCUUCGAAUUUCGCAUUGAACCAGAUGCUGAUGAUUAUCCUUAUAAUUUAUCUGAUGAUUGUUAUGACGAUUUUGAUGGAGACUGGCACUCUUGUUGUUUUAGAGACGGUGAUUUCGUCUUUGAUGAGUAUCUUGAUGGCGAAUUUGAUGACUAUUCUGACUAUGGCAGCGGCGAUGGUUCCUUUGAUUAUGAUUAUUUUACUGUGCCUGAUGACUUCUGAUGAAUUUGUGAUUAAAUCAAGAAUCAGUGUGAAGAGGUGAAGAAUCACCGGUUACAAAAGAAGCAUAUGCAAAGAGUUGGGUAAAUCCUUGGGUAUUUAGAAUACUGAAUAGCUGCAUCCAUACAAGUAUUCUGUGUUUUCUGGACGAGUGUUGGCGGAAGCUUGAUAACCUAUAGUCAAGAAAUCUAAGGAUCCUCCUUACGCCUUUUUUUUUUUUUUGGUUGAAAUAAACACUAG